CCAAAAUCAAAACGCGAUUUCAUGGCCUCCGGCAAAGAUUCCGAUCGUAACCUAGGGUACAUGACCCGCAAGGAUGCAGAAUUGAAGCUUCCACGGAUGACCCAGGUCAAAAACAAGACUCCGGCGCCAAUCCAAAUCACCGCCGAGCAGAUACUUAGAGAAGCGCGAGAGAGGCAAGAGGCUGAGUUCCGUCCGCCUAAUCAGACAAUCACUGACUCAGCUGAGCUUUCCGACUACAGACUCCGACGUCGGAAGGAGUUCGAAGACCAGAUUCGCCGUGCGAGAUUGAACACCCAAGUUUGGGUCAAGUACGCCGAUUUUGAGAUGAAGAACAAGUCUGUCAACGAAGCGAGGAACGUUUGGGAUCGUGCUGUUUCGCUCCUCCCUCGAGUGGACCAGCUUUGGUACAAGUUUAUUCACAUGGAAGAGAAACUUGGUAAUAUUGCCGGCGCUAGACAGAUACUCGAGCGUUGGAUUCAUUGUUCACCUGAUCAACAAGCUUGGCUCUGCUUUAUUAAAUUCGAACUUAAGUAUAAUGAAAUCGAAUGUGCUAGAUCGAUAUACGAGAGAUUUGUUCUUUGUCAUCCGAAGGUUUCUGCUUAUAUUCGAUAUGCAAAGUUUGAGAUGAAGCAUGGUCAAGUUGAGCUUGCUAUGAAAGUGUUCGAACGCGCCAAGAAGGAGCUUGCAGACGAUGAAGAAGCUGAGAUUCUCUUUGUGGCGUUCGCUGAAUUUGAAGAACAAUACAAGUUUGCUCUUGAUCAGAUUCCUAAAGGAAGAGCUGAAAAUUUGUACAGCAAGUUUGUGGCGUUUGAGAAACAGAAUGGGGAUAAGGAAGGGAUUGAGGAUGCCAUUAUUGGGAAGAGGAGGUGUCAGUAUGAAGAUGAAGUGAGGAAGAACCCUUUGAACUAUGAUUCGUGGUUCGAUUUCGUUAGGUUAGAAGAGACUGUUGGGAACAAAGAUAGGAUAAGAGAAAUCUAUGAGAGGGCUGUUGCUAAUGUUCCACCUCCCGAAGCCCAAGAGAAACGAUACUGGCAAAGAUACAUAUAUCUCUGGAUUAAUUAUGCUUUUUUUGCAGAGAUGGUAACUGAAGAUGUGGAGAGCACACGAGAUGUUUACAGAGCAUGCCUCAAGCUUAUCCCCCACUCCAAAUUUUCUUUUGCCAAAAUAUGGUUGCUCGCUGCACAACAUGAAAUCAGGCAAUUGAAUCUCACGGGUGCACGGCAGAUAUUAGGAAAUGCGAUUGGGAAAGCUCCAAAAGAUAAGAUAUUCAAGAAAUACAUUGAGAUCGAACUCCAGUUGAGAAAUAUAGAUAGGUGUAGAAAAUUAUAUGAGCGGUAUCUUGAAUGGUCUCCUGGGAAUUGCUAUGCUUGGAGAAAAUAUGCUGAGUUCGAGAUGUCUCUUGCUGAAACAGAGCGAACUAGAGCUAUCUUUGAACUUGCAAUAUCUCAGCCUGCUCUAGACAUGCCCGAGCUGCUAUGGAAGACGUACAUUGAUUUUGAGAUAUCAGAAGGGGAAUUAGAGAGGACACGGGCUUUAUAUGAGAGACUCUUGGACCGUACAAAGCAUUGCAAGGUGUGGGUUGACUUUGCAAAGUUUGAAGCGUCUGCUGCGGAACACAAAGAAGACGAGGAAGAAGAAGAUGCUAUUGAACGCAAAAAAGAUGGCAUCAAACGCGCCAGAGAGAUAUUCGACAGAGCCAACACAUACAACAAAGACUCCACACCAGAGCUGAAAGAAGAGCGUGCUAUGCUUUUGGAGGAUUGGCUUAACAUGGAGACGGGCUUUGGUAAGCUCGGGGAUGUUAGAGUCGUUCAAUCGAAGCUCCCGAAGAAGGUCAAGAAGAGAAAGCUGAGCAGUAGAGAAGAUGGCUGUACAGAGUAUGAAGAAUACACUGAUUAUUUGUUCCCCGAAGAAUCAGAGACAACGAGUCUUAAGAUUCUUGAAGCUGCUCAUAAAUGGAAGAAGCAGAAGGUUAAAGCUGGGGAAUGCGUCUAGUGUGGUUAACAUAAUGUUGUUAUGCAAUACUCUUCCAGCUUAAAAAAUAGCAUAAUGUACUUACAUAGGUGAUUAUGUCGCUUGCGGUGUUGAUAUUAAUGAUAUUUGUAGAUUUAGUUAUACAUUAGAUUUAUAUAAAAAGCUUAUGC